ACGGGAUGAAUUCGGAUGGUCACUGGAGAGUGACUUUUUUAAAGCCAGCUUAUAAUAAUGUGACAGCUAAAUAGUAUUUUAAAAUUAUUUACACGGCCGUGUAAAGGUACAUGAUUACUAAAUCCAUGGAAGCACUGCAAGGUCGUAUUCAAUGGUGUAAAGAAAAAGGUCAUUCGUGAAGCGUAUUUCAAUAGGCGUAUGCUCGUAGCUAAUUGGCUGGCCUGGAAAAUAAAAAAGGUGUGUCGCGUUUGUUGUUAAAAUACCAGCAGAAGGACGCGGUCACGGAUCUAACGUUACAUUAUAAACACCUUUCCCUUAGGAAAGACUCACAAGUUGAAAGACUUUUGCAAAGAGAAGGCCUUUCCAAGUUUUAUGAAAGGAUCCCUAAAAGAAAUAUUCACAUCUGAGACGCAAUUCACGUCCAGUUAUGCAGUGGACGGGGGUCCUCAAGCUGCUGCUGUUUAUGAGCUAUGCCCACGGAUCGGCCAGCCAGCAAAUGUCUUGCCCCGGGGGUGGCAGUGCCCUUGGUAUGGAGGACGGACGAAUCACAGACCAGCAGUUGUCUGCAUCUAGUAUUUAUACAGCUGACUCAACCCCCCAGAUGGCUCGACUGAAUAACACGGCAUCAGGUUACAGGGGCGCCUGGGUUCCACGGUGGGAUCAUUCCUACGCAAACGAAUACCUUAUGAUUGACAUGCUGGUGCCCCACAUUAUCACUGGUAUAGCUGUACAGAACGGGGGAGCAAACUGGAUAAACUACUGGAUGAAAGAGUUUGAAAUCAUGUACGGUAAUGAUAAUUUGUCAUGGAGAAAGUACCAGCGAGUAGAAGGAGAAGACAUGGUGUUUGCUGGGAUUUCGUCGCACGCCAGAGAUGAUAUCAUGACGUACACACUGGAUCGGCCUUUUUCGGCAAGGUACAUAGUUGUCUCUGCUACCAGUUGGCAGAAUGCCCCCGCCCUUCGUAUGGAGCUGUACGGCUGUCACGACCCAAAUCCAAGUUCAGCUACUUACACGUUGGUUCAGGCAGAUAUAGUUACACCUUCAACGUGGAGCCCGUCGCAGAGCCCUUUUGUUUUAAACCGACCAAUCACAGUAACUGCCAAUGGUCAGCUGACCAUUCAGGCUGGUGUUGACGUCAUCCUUAAUUCUACGUCAGCAGGUUUUUUCGUGCAAGGUUGUUUCAGAACAGAAGGUCUGCAGGGAUUUGAAGUGAGGUUUAUGAGCAGUGACAAGUCGUCUGCCCUUGGCCGACGUGGAAACUUUUGGACUGGCAUAAAAAUCCAGAUGCAAACGUGUGAAGUAAUAGACCUGAGCCACACUUUGAUUCAAGGAGCAGAAAUUGGACUGAACCUCCUCACAAGUGGCGCUGUCUUAAACAUGGAUCACGUAUUUGUAAGACACUGCAGCUCAGACGGGGUAAGAUUAGCGUCCGUCAAUUUAACUAUGAAUUACUCAGAGGCGUCCAACUGCGGGGUAGAUGGUGUCAAAUAUAAUGGCAAUGGUAACAUAUCUGUGAUCGGUAGUCGUUUUACGGACAAUUACAAUCAAGGGUUCUACUUUUACAGAACGUCAGGCAGCACAAACAGAAUUACCUUCGACAAAUGCUAUUUUCGUUCGACGCGUAAUCGACUGUUAUAUCUGUACCAAAUGGUUUCAACUGUUAUCCAAAUUGAGAACUCUACAUUCAUUUCUGGUUACAAUAGUGGUCUGGAAAUAAGUACAAGUAAUGAUAAUAAUAAUGGUGCAAAUAUAUCUGUGACAAACAGUUCGUUUAGUGGAAGGUCAAACACACUAUACGUUAAAGAUCGGUUCAGGUCACCCAUUACUCCAAACACUUACGUAGUAGCAGGGAAUGUAUUUAACGGCGCUGUACACCUAGACUGGCUUAACUACCGAAAUCCCAAUCAAAAACUUACAUUCCAUAACAACACUCUAAAUUCUUCAACCAACAACCCCCUGUAUAUCUACAGGGUCAGAGGUCAGGCAAACUUUACUUCAAAUCGUUUUCUCAAUAACGGAUACAGGUCGCUGAUUAUAUUGCGUGAUGACGCCCCUCCUCUAACAAUCCGAGACAACGUUUUUCUGCAGAAUUCUGGACCUUCUGUGUUGGAGGUUUCACGAAUUACUGGUGAUGCAUUUUUGGGAAAAAUUGAAAGGAAUAUCUUCAGGAACAACAGUGCCACUGUUACACUGGAACUUUCGGGAAAAGCAAACGCCACGGUCAACGAGAACACCUUCGAUAACUUUGCCGCCAACCGGGAGGUUCAAAUAGCGAAAUCGUGGAAUCGAACCCAAUCGAUGGACAUGCGGUACAAUUACUGGGGAACCGCUGACCCUCACAAUAUCUCCUUCCGUGUGGACGACUUCUACAUCAACAACCGAAAGGCAGUGGCGAAGUUGUCGCCAUAUCUGACUACGGACAAUGCGACAAAGGCCAACGGACCAUUUGGCACCAUUGAAAGACAGUACAACAGUACUGAAUCAGAUGGUAUUGGCGGUGUUCUUAUUGGAGAUACCAGCAUCGCGCCAGUUACGCUACCAAACGGCACGGCGGUCCCUAUUAAUGUGAAGUACACAAUCUACGUUCCACAGGGUGCCAGUCUUACAAUAGAUCCAGGGGUGUCUUUGAAGUUCCUGGAGAACAGAGGGAUUGUGGUUGAUGGAGUUUUAAAUAUUAAUGGAAUUGCGUCUGAUAUGGUGAAACUGACGCCUGUCCUCUACCAAUCUCCAUGGGGUGGUAUCGUAUUUACAGAACUCACAGGCCCAGAACCAAUUACCACCACAACGCCGACAAAAACGACUUCAACCACAACUCAUAAAACAGGCUGGAGUACUAGUACAGAAACCCCCUGCGAGGGAUAUCCUGAAGUACCUUGUGGGGAUAACACAGACUAUGCAGUGAGAAGAAAGCGGAUGGCAGAGGCAAACUCAAUGGGGAUGUCGACACUGAACUACAUGAACAUCAGCAGAGGAAGCACGUGCGUUGAAGUCUUGGGUGGCCGUGGGCUCGUUCUCCUUAAUUCGAGGCUUGAUUCCUGCACCCAGGCAGGCAUAUCCAUCACCACCGGGUCUGCAGACCAGACCAUUGUGAUAAAAAACACAACACUAAUGAACAUGCCUAGUAGGAAAGGAAUGGUUAUUGGCGCCAAUAGUGACUCAGGAGCUACGAUUUUGGACGUUCAAGGGUCCAAAUUUCUCUCGAAUAGUUUUAUAUCUAUUAGCUGUUCUGAAUGCCACAUUUCGUUCGAAAAUUCGACCUUCUUCGGAAAUACAAUUCUUCUUUUGCUCACCCAAAUAUAUUCUUCGAGUCGUAAAGAUCUGGAAUACCGUUUCGUUGGAAACCACUUUGAAACCACGGCAUGGAGCACUAGCCACAUAAUGCACAUCAAUGUUGAGCGAGCCACAGACAACUCCCAAGUUAAGUUCAUCAACAACACUGUGAUUUCUAAUAAUAGAUACAACACCAUUUAUUUUGAGAAAGAGCGCUACACAGACCCUUUUUAUAACAUAAGCGGUAACUAUUUUACUUCACCAAGAGGCGUUUCCAUGAGGUUUUACUUAGAAGGACUUACCAAUGGGUCGGUCAAAGGUAAUUACUUCAACAAUACAGCAGGAGCCAUUCAGUUUCAAGGAUCAUGCUGCUAUUCUUCUCCAAAGUUGUUCGAAAUAACUGAAAACGUCUUUGCAGAUACAACAAACGGAGGAACGCUUAUUGACCUGAACACUUAUUUUGUGAGAAAUAGGGAAGUUGUCGUGAAAGAGAACACCUUCGUGAACAACACAGUCAGUCAGUACAUUAUAACCAUGCGGUCAAUAGAUGCAAAUAUUACCGGCAACUUCUUUGACAAUCCAGGUUCUACUUACGAUUUAGGCGUCACAUUUAGCUAUAACGAAAACGAUGCUGCCAAUGCCAAAAACAAUUGGUGGGGAGGACCAGGUUUCUCUCAUGUAAUUGGGAGAAUUUUUGAUUAUGAGGACAAUCCUAGUAGAGGGAGAGUCGAAUUUCAACCGUAUCUCAACGCUCGCAAUUUGUCGGCUUUGAGCGAUUUAGAACCACCUUUUGUCAUAGGACCUGGUCGCAUAGGUGGUACUGUAAAGGGAGAGGAGAUUCUAACAGCCGCUGAUAGUCCAUACGAGGUGGUGCGUGACAUACUAGUACCCGAAACGUCCACUCUCACAAUUGAGCCUGGGGCCAGUAUUUUGUUUCAUCCGGGCAUUGGAAUGGAUGUAAAAGGAGAACUUAUGUCCACUGGUGCCCCAGAUAAUCCUGUGAAGAUGACCGGCCUAGGUGGUGGUAGUUGGAAAGGAAUAACUUUUGAACAGUACCUGCCAGAUCCUUACCUCCGUGCCGCCAAUGGCAGUGGUCCACACGAGGGGCGACUAGAGGUGUUCUUCAACAAUACAUGGCAACUAGUCUGUGGCACGUACGGCUGGGAUAUGAGGGCAGCACAGGUGGCGUGCAGGCAGCUGGGAUACGGAGAGGCAUUGGAGUUCUUCAGAACUGAAACUGUGUCUAGGUUCACGCGAGGAAAAUUGCGAGAGUACCACAUGACAAGUAUGAACUGCAAUGGGGACGAACACUUUUUACAAGAGUGCAGCAUCGCAGUGAAUAUUCGAUAUUGCAGUGACAGUAAUCUUGCUAGCGUCGUCUGCAAUCAGAGUGCAACUAUACCGACCAACAGAUCCUCCCUGGUCCAUACAGUCGUGUCUAACACAACCAGAGGCGUGUCGGUCCGGGGCUCACCUCCUGUCUUCAAAGGCAUUGAAAUCACCUACAGCUCACAGAACGGCCUCACAUUCUCAGGUUACAUACCAGAAGAGACUGCCGUUUCCGAUUGUAUCAUCGCUAACAGUGGAGCAGAUGGCGUGUCUUUCACUGGCGUUAGCGACUCGAGGCAAAACCAUGGCAUUUCCAUUAGAAACUGUACGAUUUCCAACAAUGCCAAGCGUGGUUCAUACAUUUACCGCACAGACAUCGCUUUGUCCAACAGUAGCAUACACGAUAACGGCGAACAAGGUGUCUAUGAACGACGGGUUCUGAACACGGAAAUUCAAAAUGUGGAUUUCGUGCGUAACAAACAGGGUGCUGUUUACCUUACAGAUACCAGCGAUUUGGGGACUUUGAUCGUACAUGAUAGUAGUUUCAAAAACAAUUCAGGUUCUGUCCUGUAUAUUGAAAUACCGAGCAAUUCUCGGCCAAAUGUUUCAAUCGCAAGAAAUGUUUUCACUUGGAACGAUGGUCAACCAAGAGGACUAAGCUAUUAUGGCACUUACGGCGUCAUUGAUUUGAGAUUUUAUUUCUACACACAGAAUAUCACUGGGUCCUACUCCAUCAUGAAGAAUUCGAUGGAAAACAACUUAGCUGAAUUCGUUGUUCGCCUAUGGAGCAAUGCAAGAGACAACUAUGGUGUGGGUGAAGAUAUCUCCAUAAUUGACAACAUAUUUAAGAACACGUCCCGUCGCAUCUAUUACAGAGAAGUCAACAGCGUCACAUUGGAAAAUGUGUACAAUGUCAGCAUUAACAGAAACGUGUUUUCAAAUCCGUUAGCUACACGCGAGUUUGUUGCACCAAAAUAUAAGCCCACGGAAUACAUCGACGUUUCAGAAAAUUGUUGGGACGUCUCAGAGGCUGUUGAUGUCUAUAAAAGAGUAUUGAGUAUUUAUGAAGAUACCACACGGGCUGACGUUCAGCUGUGGCCAAUGUUUUUAAAUGGUACUUGUGGAGACGUAGCCCCAACACAGAGACCGGUGAGGUGGGGAUUCAGCAACAUACAGGAUUCUGGCGGAGAGGUCGAUUCAUUAAUCGAUUUAGGUACAGUACAAGGUACCGUCAUUCUUGGACGAAGCGUAGUGAUCAGACCAAAAGGUGUACUGUCUGCGACGAUCGGAUCAAACUUAACCUUACGUUUUAAAGCUGGGCGAGGCUUAAUUAUAGCAGGGCAAAUGCUUCUCGACAAUCCUCGAGGUUCACCAGUGGUAUUUACCUCUGACAGCCCUACGUCCAGCUCUAGUGGACGAUGGAACGGAAUUAUUUUCGAGCCAAAAGACGGCCAACACAGCCUUUCCUUUGUCACAAUAUCACGGGCAACGACAUGCUUGACUAUCAGAAGAGCCAACUUUACUGUGGGUUCUGUUGUUGUUACGGACUGUUCUGGAGUUGGCAUCUCCUCUGCCUUGAAUGACCGUGCAUCCUUCGUCAAGAUUUUCAAUUCAACUGUAAACGCCGCUAGGUCUCAGGGUAUUCGGAUGACUGGGCAGGGCGAUCUUAACCUGGACAAUGUACUGGUGAAAGAUACUGGCAGCCAUGCGAUUGAAUACAGUGCAGCAGGUGACCUAAUUGUGACCAACUCUGUAGUCAAUAAGAGCAGUUCUUAUGGUAUCAUCAGGUCCUCUCGUAACGGCGGCGUUCAAAUAAUGAACAGCCAAAUCACGGAAAUCAGAAGGUCUGGGAUACAGCUUAGUGCUUACAUGGAUUAUAUAAAUAUCGAGGGAAAUUAUAUCGCACGCACCAGUAGCUACUACUCAAACGAUUGGGCGUUAGCUUUGUACAGUAUUUCAUACCCGGUUACUGUGAAGAACAAUACAAUAGAAAGUAAUACAGCAGCCUAUGAUCUGCGAGCAUUUUAUACGGACGAUGAAAUUUUAGAUGCUAGGCACAACUGGUGGGGCAGCAGCGACCAUAACCAAGUAAAAUCCCGAAUACAGGACCGGGAGGUCAAUGCCAAUUAUGGAAACGUAAGCUACGUGCCGUUCUUGCUGUCGCCAGAGUUUUCUUGCAACAACGUCAACAACUGCUCGGGCAAUGGGGUUUGCAUUCGACCUGAUACCUGUGAGUGUAAUAUUGGCCGGAAGGGGGCGGAUUGUUCGCAAGCAUCCUGUGCCCAGGUGUUUGAAUGCCAAGGCCGCGGAACGUGUGUUGGACCAAAUACAUGCCAGUGUGAUAGUGGCUGGAUGCCCCCGGACUGCGUGAGAGCCACCUGUGAGGGGAGAAAUAAUUGUUCUAACCAUGGUUUAUGUAUAGAACCAAACAGGUGCCGAUGUUUCACGCGUUACCAGGGAGUGAAUUGCUCGGAAUGUUCCGGGAAUCACUGGGGUCCUGAAUGCCGUCCAUGUCAACCGUGUGUGCAUGGGUCGUGUGAUCAACAGACAGGAUCGUGUGUAUGCAGCGGCCCUAAUUGGACUGGAGAUCAGUGUAACCGCUGUAGUCCAAAGUUCUAUGGUCCAGCCUGCUUGUCUUUGAUGCGUGUUUUGUCAGUGGCUCCUGACGGAGGACCAGAUAUAGGGGGCACUGUAGUCCGCGUGACAGGACACAACUUCCCUAACUCCACUGAAUAUUCGUGCAGGUUUGGUAGCGUAGAAACUCCAGGCACAUGGAUAUCCACAGAGCAGGUGACCUGCAAGGCACCUAAGCAAAACCCCAACACUGUAAGAAUUGCUAUCCGGUCACAAAACGAUGGAAGCUUCAGCACUGAACUGGUCUUUUUUACCUACUACGGCAUAUGCCCGGCUUCAGCGUGCGGUCGCCUGUAUCAGCCGCCUAGAGGUAUAUGCUCGUUUGGGGAGUGCCUGUGCUCAAAGCCGUGGUCCGGUGAUAAUUGCACUGUCCUGAGACUUGCCCCCAAGAUCGCAAAUAUUCCAAACCUGGUGGUUACUGAAGGAGAGAGUGUAAAAAUCCCGUUAUCAUUAACCGAGGGUUCGACACCAGUUGAAUGGAGACUUUUAGGAUCCCCCAGCGGCAUGGCUUUGGACUCUGGCUCCCAAAUCAUCCGCUGGGAUUCAGCCGUGGCAUCACCUGCGCCGUACACCGUCGGAGUAUCAGCCCAAAAUGACAUAGGCUCUGACAGGAGACAGUUUAACCUGACUGUGAGAAGAUCUUACGAGGCAGAGCUAGAUCCGGUUAAUUACGGCCCAUUCAUCAGUGCUACACCAACUCUACUGACUGGAAGAGUGAAUUUCAUUGAAAGCUCACCAUUUCGCAAUAGCCCGGUGCCUGUGAAAGUAGUGGUUGUAUCACAGACCUCGGGUUCUAGACGAGUACUGAGUGCGACCACCUUCGCUCACAGCAAUACUUUCUUUGUCCGAUUUUAUCCAUCUUCAUCCGAGGCAGGCAUCUACGUUGCUGGUGCAUCCCAUCCAAAAGAUCCACAAGACUACAAUCAGACCAGAUGGUCAUUCCUUGGGAUGACUGUAUCGCCAAGAUACCUGCGUGUCGGUGGGUAUCUGGGAUUUUAUUCCUACAACGAGAGUAUGAAGGUGACGAAUCACGGAGGUGAUCGGCUGCACAACGUUACAGUUCAGAUUCCUGAAUUUGUCACCGGAAUCGUGACUUUGAAACCAACCGGUGAAGGAGUCUGCACGUCCUUCCCAUGCUCCCUCAAACGAGUGUUUCAACCGGGAGAAGAAAUCAGUCUUGAUUUGGAUUUUUCUGUGACCCAGUCGGCGAGUGGGUACUUUGAGGUGGCAUUCGUGAGUGGAGAACAGGUGUAUGCUUCUGGUCAGGUUAACUACAACUUUCAACCAAAAAUGCCAACAUUGACUUUGACUCCAAGUUCCAUUAGGACAUCGAUAUCCAGGGGAAAAACUCGACUUUUUGAGGUGAACGUCACUAACAGUGGCCUUGCCACCGCACACAACAUCUACGUAGAUCUGGGAUCAGUGGACAUUCUAUCCGUGGCUUCCUUCAGCAAGAAGGGUGAUCCGUCUACCGAGGAUAUUAAGUUCCAUCUGGAUCAGGGGGAAUCAGCAACUCUAGUUCUUUCUGCUCUGAUUCAACAAGACGCAUCGCUGGGGCAAACAGUCGGGAAUAUCCUUGUACGAUCUGACGAAGUCGGCUCGAGCAUUAACUUCAGAAUCACGACUACCUCAACUCGCCUUGUGGACAUCUACGUUCUUGUAGAAGACGAAUACACGUAUUUUGGCACAAAUAGAUCCUAUCUAGCCAAUGCAACUGUCCACCUUAGAAACAAACUAGAAAAUAUACGUUUAACAGCUAAAUCUAAUGCAUCAGGGAUAGCCGUUUUCAAAGAUGUAGCAGAGUCUUUCUAUGAUGUAUAUGCCGAGGCAGAGAAACACACCCCAUUGUCCAAAGUUAUUGCGGCAAAUGAAGACCAAAAUUUAGUUCGAAUGUUUCUGGAGAGAACUGGUGUCACAUACAAUUGGAGAGUAGAACCAGUGACGUUUGAGGACAGAUACGUCAUCACUUUAGAGGCAGAUUUUGAAACUCAGGUUCCAAUGCCAGUUGUCACCAUAGACCCAAAGGAACUGGAUCUGGACGUAUUAGAACGUUGUGCAUACGGCAACAGCAUAACGUUUACUGUAACCAACCACGGUCUCAUACGAGCAGACGAUUUCCAGUUCACUUUGCCAGAUGCAAACGCACACCCUUUCUUGAGAUUCGCAAUGGCACAGGACGGUCCUAUCGGCGGCAUUCCUGCCAAUACGUCCGUUCAGUUUUCUGUACUGGUAUAUGGGUGUGGGGCGCAGGCCGAUGAAGCCACUGGUCUUGUCCCUGUCGUUGUUCGGCAAAGAAGGGCAUUUGGAGGCACUGUGUGUAGCAGCGGUUUCUCUUUCACUGGUUCAUACUCGUACAUUUGUGACACCAAAAGAACAAGGAGUUUUUCAGUGCCUGCCCGACCAAGGACUGCAAGACCAGCUUGUAUCUCGAUAAUAAUUAAUCCUCCUCGCGGAGUUGGAGGACCAGGUGGAGGGCCAAUUGGCGGCUGCUGUGCUGGUUCUUCCAGUCUUACCGUCACUGUCACUCAGGACGUGUCUUGUGAAAAAUGCGUACUGAACGUUGUCGACUGUAUACUUGGAAACGUUCCACCUUUCCCGUUCAGUUGUGGCUAUACCAUCGGAACAAAGGCUCGUCCAGGAGCUCUAGGAAACGGCGGUGCAGUGGGCUGGGCAAAGGAUGUAGCAGACGUUGUUUUUGCCUGUGUUCCCGCUUUGUCUGUCCUGUCGUCUAUUUGGGGAGGCAUAAGGAGAUUGGGAUUUUUACACAUAGCUAUAUGA